GCCGCGCCCUCCGCGCCCUCCGCGCCCGCCGGCGGCGCUCCCUCCCCCAUCGCGGACGCAGCUGCCGGGGGCCAGGCCGCCAUGUCGGCCAUCCUGCGGGAGCUGCUCCGCGUCUCGGAGAAGGCGGCCCACAUCGCCCGCGCCUGCCGGCAGCACGACGCCCUCUUCGAGCUGCUCAUUGAGGAGAAGAAGGGCGAGGACAAGAACAAGAAGUUCGCCCUGGACUUCAAGACGCUGGCCGACGUGCUGGUGCAGGAGGUGAUCAAGCGGCACAUGGAGGCCAAGUUUCCAGGCUUGGAGGAGAAAAUUUUGGGGGAAGAGUCCAACGAGUUUACCAAUGCUCUGGGGGAAAAGAUCGUCCUGAGGCUGUGCCCCACGGAGGCAGAGACGGCCGAGCUGCUGAGCAAAGUCCUCAACGGGAACCAGCCGGCGGCCGCGGCCCUGGCCAAGGUCGUGCAUGAGGACGUGCCCUUCGCCGACCAGGCCCUGGAUUCGGUCCAGGUCGCCAUUCCACAGGACACGAUGGGAAUCUGGGUGGACCCCAUAGACUCCACGCACGAGUACAUCCAGGGCUGUGCCGACGUGGAGCCCAGCCACGGCGUCUUCCCCCGCGGCCUCGCCUGCGUCACCAUCCUCAUCGGCGUCUACGACCUGCAGUCGGGGCUGCCCCUGAUGGGCGUCAUCAACCAGCCUUUCGUGACGCUGGACCCCGUCACCCACAGGUGGGAAGGACGGCGCUACUGGGGCCUCUCCUACAUGGGCACCAACGUGCACUCCCCGCUGCCGCCCGCCGCCGAGCGGUGGGCCGGGCCCGAGGCCGCGGGCGGCGCCCGCCUCUCCGCCGUGGUCAGCGCCAGCGAGCGGGAGGCCGUGCGCGCGGCGCUGGCGCGGGCGUGCGGGGGCCGCGUGGUGCGCGCCGCGGGCGCCGGCUACAAGGGCCUGUGCGUGGUGCGCGGCCUGGUGGACCUGUACGUCUUCUCCCAGGACUCCACCUUCAAGUGGGACUCGUGCGCGCCGCACGCCAUCCUGCGCGCCAUGGGCGGCGGCGUGGCGAGCCUGCGCGCCUGCCUGGCCCCGGGCCCCGCGCCCCGCGAGCGGCCGCAGCUGCUGUACCACCGCGGCCACCCGGGCGCGCGCGGCGUGGACCGCUGGGCCAACCGCGGCGGCCUCGUGGCCUACCGCUCCCGCCCGCAGCUGGAGGCCCUCCUGAGCCUGCUGGCCCCGCUCCUGCCGCCCGGGGCCCUGCCUGCGCCCGAGGACCCGCCUGAGGACCAGCCCGCGCCCGUGGGUGCCCGGGCGUAGGCGCCCUCCGGCCGUGGACACCCAGCGUGGCCGGGCCCACGCCUGUCGCUGGCAGACAGCUCUGCUGUGGUGGCCAGCAGCCCCUCCCCGGAGGAGUGCCCCUCUGUGUCAUACAUGUAAUUUCUGUAAAUAAACAGUCCUGCAGC